GUCGCUGCUGUCAAAGCGCCCUGCCCUACCAGUUUUUAAUCUCAUAUGGGUGUCACGGGUUCAGCCGUUUGCUUUCACUCAGGAUCGCGAUAAUCGUAUUCCGCAUAUUCGCACACCGCCAUAAACCGACAAUUUCGUUGGAUUUAUAUGAUCUGUUACCGGAGUAACACCGUCACGUUGUUGCAAUCAAAACGAUGACUCGUGCAGCUGUGCGCGCUCCCAGGCGAUCCCCGUCAUGAGCGCGCACUGAAUGCGCUCGCUGCCUCGUUUCAUGUCGUGUGCUGGAGCCACUCAACAUUAUUGACUAUGGGAUUCUGAGCCUGUUUCAUUCAUACACCGAAAACGAUAAAGCAGACGUCAACCUAAACGAGCAGGGUUUGAUUUACACCACAAUUUUGGGAGUCGACAGGGCCUAGGCCAUGGGUGCAACGAAGAGUAAACCCAAAGACAUAGGCCAGCGUUCCCGUAGUCUAGACGAUGGCACUGGAGGAAACCAUCUCAGUUCAAACCAAUCAAACUUCACGCCCAGCCGGAGCCCGCCGGUGGACGGUACCAGACGUGGCACCCAACCCACCAUCAUCAACGCGGAGCAGGCGCUGUUUGGAGGCGUCAUCUCUACGAACAACAGCAUCACCUCUCCUCAAAGGGGCAUGCUAGCAGGCGGAGUGACCACUUUUGUGGCUUUGUAUGACUAUGAGUCACGCACAGCUUCUGAUUUGUCAUUCAGGAAAGGAGAACGACUCCAGAUUGUCAAUAACACGAGAAAGUUGAACCCCAGGGAGGGUGAUUGGUGGUUGGCUCGUUCACUGACGACUGGAGAAAGCGGCUACAUUCCCAGCAAUUACGUGGCACCGUCUGACUCCAUCCAGGCUGAAGAGUGGUACCUUGGAAAGAUCACACGCAGGGACUCCGAGCGGCUCCUCUUGAGUUUGGACAACAGGAGGGGAACGUUCCUGGUCAGAGAGAGCGAAACCACCAAAGGUGCCUACUGUCUAUCCGUCCUGGACUACGACAACGUCAAAGGCCUGAAUGUCAAACAUUACAAGAUCAGGAAACUGGACAGCGGGGGAUUUUACAUCACAUCACGCACACAGUUCACCACUCUUCAGCAGCUGGUCAACCACUACCGGCAACAUGCCGACGGCCUCUGUCACUGUCUGACCGAUGUGUGUCCAGUACAGAAACCUCAAACCACAGGUCUGGCACGAGACGCCUGGGAGAUUCCACGCGACUCUCUCAGACUGGAUGUCAAACUGGGACAGGGUUGUUUUGGAGAGGUUUGGAUGGGUAAGACUGUUUCUAUCAUAGAUUUCGAACUUCACAAUGCACUUUUUGUACUGAAAUGUGUCCCGUCAGGUACGUGGAACGGUACGACGCGUGUGGCCAUUAAAACCCUGAAGCCUGGCACGAUGUCUCCUGAGGCUUUCCUGCAGGAGGCCCAAGUGAUGAAGAAACUCCGUCAUGAGAAACUCGUGCAGCUGUACGCCGUCGUCUCAGAGGAACCCAUCUACAUCGUCACUGAAUACAUGGGACAAGGAAGUCUUUUAGAUUUCCUGAAAGGUGACAUGGGAAAAAUGCUGCGUUUGCCUCAGCUGGUAGAUAUGGCUUCCCAGAUUGCCUCCGGUAUGGCGUACGUGGAAAGAAUGAAUUAUGUACACAGAGACCUGAGGGCUGCAAACAUCCUGGUGGGUGAUAACCUGGUGUGUAAAGUGGCUGACUUUGGCCUCGCCCGACUCAUAGAGGACAACGAAUACACGGCCAGACAGGGAGCUAAAUUCCCCAUUAAAUGGACGGCACCGGAGGCAGCACUGUAUGGACGCUUUACCAUCAAAUCUGAUGUGUGGUCAUUUGGGGUUUUACUGACUGAGCUGACCACUAAAGGCAGAGUCCCCUAUCCAGGUAUGGUGAACAGGGAGGUUUUGGAUCAGGUGGAGCGCGGGUACAGGAUGCCCUGUCCCGCCGAGUGCCCUGAUUCGCUGCACGAUCUCAUGCUCACCUGUUGGCGCAAGGAGCCCGAAGAGAGGCCGACCUUUGAGUAUCUCCAGAGCUUUCUUGAGGACUACUUCACCUCUACCGAACCACAAUACCAACCAGGAGAAAACCUCUAGAGAUGCCAUCCGGUGUGAGAGCAAAGAAACUAGUCUUGGAAAAAGAUUUGGCUUUGUCUCCAAACAUUCACAGGGAUGACAUACAGAGCCAUCCAAAAGGAAAAUAUAGGCCUCUGUUUAAAAUGCAUUGACUUCUCCCAUCUAAAGCAUCGCUCCCUGUAAUUACCAUUGCAUGUUUUUUCACUUGGACCUCUGCUUUCGUUUAAAAAAAACGAGACGCAGCUUUUCUGCAUCAGUUGCAAGAAAUGCAACCACAAAUUGCUUCUUCAGCCGUGCAGCAGUGACGUUUUUGCGGAUAAUCAUUUCGAGUAAUUUUCAAGGCUCAGUAAUUGAUCUUUAGCUGUUUUUCUUGACCUCAAUGUAUUCAGCCGAUGCUCCAGAUCUGUCAAUCAUGCGUUUGUCUCCUCCCCCCCACAAAACCCUGCUCAUCAUCUCCACUCCUAGCCUCCUUGAUGCUCUUCAUGAACCCACUGACCCUGUUUCGACCAAAUUACAUCAAAGUCAGGGGAAAGGUAUGUGAUGGGCAUCACCGUCGAUCAGACGUCGGGUGCAAGAUUAACGUUAUUCCUGUACAUUUGGGAGACAUUUGUGGUUGUACUGUAAUAAAACAACUAAACAUUUGUUUUACUUCUUUAGUCUGAUGAACAGAUGUUCAGAUUAAUGUCUUCCAAUAGAUAUCCAGGGUCUGUAUUUGAACAAAUGUGGUAUUUUAUGCCUUGUUGUCACUAUGUUAUUCUUUGUGUCAUUCUGGAUCAACUGGAAUAAAAAAAUGUGAUUGGCCAAACACUGGUCACAUGACAUCUUGGCUAUUCAUACAGUAGAUUGGGCGUAUGGACUCGAAUAUUAGAAAUGAAACAUUCUUCCUUUUGAUAUGGACUCAUUAAAAACAAUUAGAUAAUCAUAAAGGGUAUUGUUUUUAUUUGAUUUACAUUUAUUCUUAUAUACUAGUACUAAAAAAACUACUGAUCUAUAUAUAUAAGCAAAGAACACUGUAUAGUCCUACUUUGUGUGCCAAUACAAAAGAAAAAAAGGAAUUUUGUAUCGUUUUAUUAGGUAUAAAAUGUAUUUUUAUUAAUGUCAUUUUUUUGUAUCGAAGAGGUUAAGCAGGCUUUGUAAUUAGAAUUAAAAGAAAUGGUUUACGCAAAAAUGAAAAUGCGUCAUUUGCUUAGGCUUUUCGCUGCUUAAACCUGUAUGAUUUUCCUUCUUCCAUGUUAAACAAAAGUUUACGUUAAGUUUGCUCAACCAUAUUGAGAAAACAGGCGCUAUACACAUAGGGUUGCAAUAUUCCGGGUAUUUUCCAGAAUGAAAACUUUCCAUGGGAAUUAACAGGAAUAUAUGGGAAUAAACUGGGAAUUGUAAAAAAUUUCCUAUAACAGGGAACUUAAAUGAAGUUUAAAAUCUAGUAAAAAUUAUGCAGCACAAUUUUGUUUAAAAACAACAAGAUUUAAUGCAGUUUCAGUUAAAAUAAGGUAGCUAGCUAGCCAGUAAAUCAGAUAUCUAAAUGUAAGCUAGCACUAUUUAAUUGAAAAUGUAUAUGUAAUGCUCUUUCUACAUUUUGCUAGCCAUUUUUUCUGUUAUUAUACAGAAUUACUGUACCACCCAAAAGUUUGGACACAUUACUAUUUUUAAAGGUGCAGUAUGUACAUUUUAGCGGCAUCUAGUGGUGAUGUUAUGAAUUUCAACCGACGUUUCAGUCCACCGUUCACCAAAUACAUAGAGAAGCUACGGUAGGCGCCACCAGACAAACAUGUCAUCUUUGGAGAAAACUUAGUAAAAAAAGUUUGUCCGUUAAGGGCUUCUGUAGAAACAUGGCGGCACAAAAUAGCGACUUCCAUGUAAGGGGACCUCCGGUGUAUGUAAAUAAAAACAUAACGUUUCUUUAUAAAAGGUCUUUAAACAAAAUAUAGAAAAUAUAACUGAAAAUAUAGUUAUUCAUUUUAUAUUGCAUUUCUGUCAAAAGAUCCUUAUAAAAGUUACACACUGCACCUUUAAUGUUUUUGAAAGAAAUCUUUUAUGUUUAUCAAUCCUGCAUUUAUUUGAUUUUAAAAAAUCCUUCAGAAAUCAUUAAUAUUAGAAUGAUUUCUUAAGGAUAUUUGCUCAAAUAAAUCCACGACAGAAUUCUUCAAAAUUUGUAUUACCUUGCAUGCAUGUCUGCUUAUGACCAAAUAAAAUAUUUAUUUAUGUUUGUUUAUGACAUAGUUUAUAUACAUUUUUCAAAAUUUCCAAAUAAUUCCCAUAAUUCCCGUUAAGUUUCCAAUUUGGAAUUUACCGGAAGCUUUCCGCACCUUUGCAACCCAAAUAUAUAUAUAUAUAAAUAUAUAAUAAAGUCAUCAUAUGGGUUUGGCAUGACACUAGGUUAAGUAAAUGACUAAAACUAUUUUUCGAUUGUCGGUUUUGAUGAAUCUAAACAUCAGAUAUGACUGAAAUGACUCCUCAUCAAAACAUGUUAAAUGCAUGAAUUUUAAAUGUUUUGUCUUAUUAUAAUGUUUUGGCUUUUUUUAGACAAAUUAUGACACCCAAAGUUGUCAUGUUAUAUGCAAAAUAACCAUUAUUAUAACUUUUAUCUCCCUCUUUAAGAUAAACAGUAGGGUAACAAUUUUAAGUUUAUUGACACUUCAUCCUUGGGUAUUUAUGUAUUAAUGUAGAAAGCCAUGAACCCAAUCUGUAGUACGUUCACAUCAGAAUUAACAAUGAUAUUUAGUUAUACCGAAUGCCACCACUGACCUGAAACCUGUCAAGCAUGCUAAAGCAAAUGCCCAAAAAUAAUUACUGCUGAGACAAUGUGGAAUGAAUUUUAAUGUAGGGAUGUUUAACUGGUAAUGAUAAUGAUUGCAUUGAGAAUGGUCUGGCACUGUGAAUUGUGGGUAAUGUCAGGUGAUGAUGAGAAUGCAGGCAUGCAGGUGUUAUCGUGGUACUUUGCUGGUGGAUGUGAUCUCCACUGAUACCCGUCAAUAUACUGUAAAUACUUUCUUAUGGUUACUGUAAAUAUUCUUUUCAUAUUUAUUCAUAUAUGUCAUGGAUUAUAAUCAUCUGAUCUUUGUUUUUCCCUUAAAAUCAAUGUUAUGUGUAGACUGUUUGCCCCAACAAAUCCAGAUUUUUCAGAAAUGCAAUGCAAAUUAUUAUUCAUCUUCGGUUAGACGUGCUUGCUUGUGUAACACUGCAUAAGUUAGUCCUGCUGAGUGAGCCAAUCACAUGAGCUGAUCACGAUUGGUCUUUAUUAAGACGGCAUAUUCGUAUUAAAUGUGACUCGUGUCAAAUUUAAGUAUUGGGAGCAACUUUAAUUUGAUCUUUUAUCUCGCAACUCUUGUUUUUCAGUAAAUGUGCUGUUGUUAUGACUGCAAUGUUAAACUGCACUGUAUGCAUCGCUCUGAUGAAUGUACAGUAAUGUGAGACGAUGGACUGAGGAUAUUUGAUGAGAAAUGAGCUGACAUGCUGUUAACAAAAAAGUAGCAAAGCAAAUCAUCACAAAUUACAAUAUAUAAGUACAUUUCAUUGUUAGAUCUCCAAGUACACGCACUAUUAGUGCAAUUCGUAUGUCUCGAGUAUUCAAACUAUGCAGUUCCCUUUCUGUAUUUUAACUGCAUUUGGUCUGAAUUGUACAGUUCUGCAACAUCAUGGCCUGUUUCAAAAUAAAAAUAACACUGUAAUGAAAUUUGUACUUUAAAAUAUAAGACAGUUUUUUUUUAAGUGCAAUAAACUGUUUCUGAAACUUG